UCCAUGAUGACAACUUUAAAAUACCAACAGUAGCCAGAGGGUCGUAACUGCCUGCUAACAUUUUUUAAACUAAAAUGUUCAUGUCUCGUUAUCGUGUCGAGUGUUGGCUACGUUUUGAAUUAGUUUAGCGGGCUAACGUUAGCUUGCCAGCUAGCAUGAGGUCGUCGCUUUUGUUUACAUCCAGUCCUGAUGACGGGCCCGGAGAGGUGUGUUAGCUAAACCCAGCUACCAGACUUGUUUGAGGAGAAAGUGUCCUCCUGAAGCCUGCUCUGCCAGGACCGGGGUCGUCCAUCAGAACUGCUGCCACCCUAGGGUGAUGGAAGUGUCGCCUCAGGAUCCAUCUCUCAUGGCUAUGGACCUGUCAAAGGGCUACUCAGUCAACCCCCUGACCCGCAGCCACACUGAAGCCAUGGACCUGGCAAAGAAGCCUGAGUGGUACCACAGACGCCCGCCGAGCUGCAGCACAGAGAUCGGCUCCUCGUUCAGAUCCAGAGCCUCCUUCUCCUACAACUCUCAGCUGCAUCCUGAGCCAGGUGCACCUGUCCACUGCAGAGACAUUGAGCAGGGCCAAGAGUCUUACAGUCUGUACCGCGACGGAGUCCACGGCAACCUGUGGCAUCAGGGUUUCUACGGGCCCGACCAAACCGGCGGUCCAGUUCCUGAAAGCAGUGGCGCAGAGGAGAGUGACAGCGGCUCUGAUGUUAUUUUCCUUGUUUCUUCAGCGAAGGAGCCCCUCUUAUGCAGUCCUUUCAUCCAAGACAGUGUGAGGCACAUUGUGGAGCCCCUGUCCCCAGCUGUGUCCCUGUCCUCAGUGGAUGAAGGGAGAGGUUGCUAUCACCUACCUCAGCCUAUGAGCUCACCCAGUCCUGAGAGCUCGUACUCAGAAGACUCCUCAGACAGCUCAGUGGACAUUCCUAUACAUCACACCAGACCUGUAGUCCUUCUGUCAGACCUAAGUGCUGUUUACAGCAAUCCUGCUGAAUCUCCGGUAGAUAUUUCCAGCGAUGACAGUGAUGUUAUUGAAGUUUCAAUCACUAAUGAAAAGAAGAAAAGUGAUUCCUUACCUUGUAAGAAAAGUGUUUCUUGUAAGAAGAGUACAGCAAGAGAAACUCCUUCUCAAAGUGAGGAUGAAAAACCUCCACCGAAGGAAGUUCGACGUAGCAGCAGAAUAAGGAAACCUGUCUCUGAAAUGCCUCAGUUUACCUGCAGCGCAUCUCGCCACAGUUUGAGGAGACGAGCUAAGAACAACGCAGUUGGUAUUUAUAACGAAAGUGGAGAUUCUGAUGACAUGAUGGAGUAUGCGACAAGGAUGUUCAGCUCAGAUGCAGACGAGGCAGCCUCGCAGCCCAAUGCAUCACAAAGAGUGAGCAGUAAUUCAGAGGAGUCGGAUGUGGACGUUCAGACAGACCGGAAGUCGCCACAGAGAGCGUCGGAUGAGGAGCAGAAGCCUCGCUGCAAAGUUUCGCACACUAAAAGCAUCACUCAUAAACGAAAGAAACCCCUCACCCUUCGUAAAACUAAAAGGCUAAGAACUAAACCCGAACAGAACUGCAGAAUCAGACCAGAGGAGCCUAAAAGGAAAUCAAAUGAAAAAACGGUUGUAAGACGGAAGAAAAAAGGGUGCUCACAGACGGGACCUUCUGCUCUGUUCUCUCCCAGAGAGCCAGAAAUCAUGCUUAAAUAUGCAAACACAAAAGAGGAAAAAAAGGACAAGAAAUUGGGACGUUUUUGCCCUUUUGUUCACAUUGAGAAGAGGAUGUGCACUGUUGUUAACUAUCAGGAGGAGGAGGCGACAGUCAGGAGCAGCAGGGGACAGCAGCAGACAACCACCAGGUCUCUGUCGGGGUUUGUUCCGCAUACGUCCUGUUUCCAGCUGGGUCGGUUCAGCUCGGAGAGCAGGUGUCAGGCCACGCUGCUGUGCUGCUUGUGCGGUCAGACAGCCAACGCUGUGGGCCUUGGGGACCUUCACGGCCCGUACUAUCCCACUAACCCAUCUCUGGACUACAGGACUGAGAAGAAAGAGGAAGAACAUUCACUUGUCAGUUCAGUAAAUUCAUCAGGCGAUAUUUGUGAUGCAAAUAACUGCUCCGCUGUCAAUGGUUUGCCUGAGAGCAACGGCCACUCCCUCCCAAAGGUGCCUCUUCAUCUGGACGAGUGCUGGAUCCACGAGGACUGCGGUAUCUGGUCUGCUGGUGUCUUCCUGGUCAGAGGGAAGCUGUACGGGUUAGAGGAGGCGGCCAAGCUCGCACAAGAAACAAUAUGUUCAUUGUGCCAACAAAAAGGGGCAAUAAUGGGAUGUUUCCAGAAGGGCUGUCCCAGAAAUUAUCACUACAGAUGUGCCAUUCAGUCAGGCUGUGUCUUAAACGAGGAGAACUUCUCAAUCAGAUGUCCAGAGCACAAGAAUAAACCGUUCGCAAGUGUGACCAGACAACACAAGAGAUGACGGGAAACACGUUUGGGGGUACUGGAGAAGGAUCCACAGAUCUCCUCAGGGUGUGACGUGAUCUGCCUGAUUUCACCUCCGCUGUUUUAUAACACUAAUUAAAGCUCGAGCAGAAGAAAACCUUCUGGUAAGACUUCAUUUGACAUCAAAGACAGAUCAACCAGGGGCCACUUUAGGACUUUUAUAAGACGUCUUUUUUUUCUUUAAUACAGACGGUAACACCAAUUGGACAAGAUGGGGUGUGUGUGUGUGUGUGUUUGUGUGUGUGCGUGCGUGUGCGCGCGUGUGUGCGCGCAAGUGAAUGGAUAUUUCUUUCUUUCUUGGAGAUCCACACUUGGACUAGCCACGCCACAAAUACGGUUUAUUAUUUGAACAUAAUUAUAAUAGAGAUUAAAUGAGCUUUAUUGAUUUGUUGUAUAGAAUAUGAUAUCUUUAUAUAAGGCCACUUUGUUUCCUUUCCACAGUUUUUGUACUACUUUUUUUUAUCACUGUUAGUUUGUCAGUCAUAACAAAACAUUAUUUAUUUUCAUCCAGUUGCAUGCUCAGUUGAUGUUUGCUACGAAGCACUUUAAAUCAUAAUUUUAAUCUGUCUGUUGUUAUUUAUGCCUAGUUGAAGACUUCGUUCUUCCUUUUUACUAAUAAUAUUUAAAUUAAAUGUAAAGCUGCACUAAGCAAGAUUUAGAUAUAAAAAUAUGGAAUUCCUGUUAAAACUUAAAGUAGGGCUGCGACAGAGAACAUCGCGUCCCCUCUGACUGAGACCACAAACUGUACAUUCACCAUAUUUUAAGCACAUUUAUUUCUGGUGUCAGGUUUGGAUGCUGCCUCUGCUCAGAGGAUGUGGAAAUGUAAGAUGGACAAAAUGGAACAAAAUGUCUCACGAGCAGCAGGGAGAGUUUGGUCAAGAGUAAGAUGGGUUCAAUGUUUUGUCUCUUAUUGUUAUGUUACGGGACUUAAGAAAAUGUCAAGUUAAAGGGUCAAUUCAAUGAAAUCACAUAAAAAAAAUGGCUCCUCUAAAUUGGCAUGUUCCAGAUUAAUUAGAACGUUUAAUUAAAAGCCAAAU